AUGUGGGCAAUUAAGCAUGUGAACAUGGACUAUGAAGCUACUGGAAAGAAAAGGCUGUUGGAUAUCACUGAACUAGAGGAGAUUAGGCGAAAUGCAUAUGAAAACACUGCAAAUUACAAGGAAAAGACUGAACAAUGGCAUGGCAGAAUUAUUUUGCAGCGACAAUUUAUCGCUGGUCAACAAGUUUUAUUAUUCAAUUCCAGACUGAAACUGCACCUGGGUAAAUUGCGCUCUUGUUCGUCUGGACCUUUCAAAGUUGUCGAAGUAUUUUCUCAUGGUGCGGUCACAAUAAGAGGUUUACAUGAUGGACACCAGUUCAAAGUGAAUGGCUAG